AUGUCGGAGGGUAUUAAGCAAACAUUUGCGCGGUGCAAAGCUGAAAGCCGCCCUGCCUUUGUGACUUUUGUCACAGCUGGAUAUCCCACAGUGGAGGAGUCUGUAGAUAUUAUACUGGGAUUGCAAGCUGGGGGUGCAGAUAUCAUUGAACUCGGUGUUCCUUUCACGGACCCCUUCGCGGAUGUGCCUACCAUUCAAAGCGCAAACAAUGUUCCGCUUGCGAACAAUGUCACUAUAGACACGACCCUAGGGCUGGUAAGGGAAGCUCGGAAAAGAGGUCUCAGAGCACCGGUGCUAUUAAUGGGUUAUUACAACCCACUCCUGAGCUAUGGUGAGGAGCGAUUGUUGGAUGAUUGUCGUGAGGCUGGUGUAAAUGGCUUCAUUGUGAUGGACGGUGGACCUUCCCCCGCACGAGGCUGUCAAACUCAGGAAUUACUACUGUCAUACGUACCUCUCCUCGCUCCUUCCACUACCGAGAGCCGACUCAAAUUCCUCUGCCAGCUCGCGGACUCCUUCGUCUACGUGAUAUCACGUAUGGGCGUCACGGGUGUAACAGGUACUCUAAGUUCCGGUCUACCGGAGCUGUUGGGACGCAUCAAGCAAUACUCUGGCAAUGUCCCCGCAGCAAUCGCAGAUGGUGUCGUCAUCGGCAGUCAAAUUAUCACAACUUUGACCGAGGCCGCUCCUGGAGAGCGGGCCAAAGCUGCUGAGGAAUACUGCGCUGCGAUCUGUGGAAGGAGAAACUUGCCAGCGAAUGGAGCCCAAGAGCCAAACGGUACCUUGCAGAUGAAUGGUACCAAUCGUACGAAUGGCGAAAAGGCAGAAGUGCUUGAUAAAAUGGAAGCAAUGGUGAGUUCUGAGGGAGGGGAUCCAGAACUCUUUUCUGCGCGCUUUGGUGAAUUUGGAGGCUCGUAUGCCCCCGAAUCACUAAUGAGAUGCCUUUCAGAAUUGGAGGCAGGAUUUGAUAAAAUUCGGAAUGACCCCGAGUUUUGGGCAGAAAUGCGAUCAUACUACUCCUAUAUUGGAAGGCCUGGGCAUCUUCAUCUCGCAGGCCGCCUUACUGAACAUGCUGGCGGAGCCAAUAUUUGGUUAAAGCGUGAGGAUUUGAACCAUACUGGAAGUCAUAAGAUCAACAGCGCUCUGGGGCAGAUUCUGCUGGCCCGCCGCUUGGGUAAGACUGAGAUAAUUGCUCAAACCGGUGCUGGCAUGCACGGUGUAGCAACUGCCACAGUCUGUGCCAAAUUCGACAUGAAGUGCAAAAUCUUCAUGGGAGAAGAGGAUUUCAGGAGACAGGCACUGAACGUGUUCCGUAUCAAGCUACUUGGUGCCGAGGUCAUCCCUGUCGAGCAAGGCUCACGAACUCUUCGAGAUGCCGUAAACAAAAGUUUCCGAGUUUGGAUUACGAGGGUGGACACCGCCUAUCAUAUUAUCGGUUCAGCAAUUGGUCCACACCCCUUUCCCACGAUCGUGCGCGAGUUCCAGACUGUCCUUGGAGAGGAGACGAAGGCACAACUGCUGGAACAACGAAACAAACUACCGGAUGGGGUUGUUUCCUGCAUCGGUGGGGGCAGUAAUGCUAUAGGAAUGUUUUAUCCGUUUAUUAAUGAUCCAAGCGUGAAGCUGAAGCUCCUGGGAGUCGAAGCCGGGGGCGACGGCAUUGAUACGAAAAAGCAUGCCGCUAGUCUAACUGGCAGCAGUAAAGGGGGUCUUGCAUGGGAGCCGGAGCUGAGUGCUUGGAAAGACUCGGGACGCGCAAAAUUCAUUGCCGUUACCGAUGCUCAAGCCCUCCUGGGGUUCAAGCUGCUCAGUGAGUUGGAGGGGAUCAUUCCCGCUCUCGAAUCUGCUCAUGCUAUCUAUGGCGGUGUUGAGAUGGCCAGGACAAUGAGGAAAGACGAAGAUGUUGUGAUCUGUGUUAGUGGAAGAGGGUAUGUCUUUCACACAAUGUAUCUCGUGCUCUCAACUGACUUGUAUUCUAGUGACAAGAAUGUGCAAAGCGUGGCGGAUGAACUGCCCAGACUUGGACCACAAAUUGGAUGGGACUUGAGGUUCUAA